AUGUCAUCACCCGCUAUAGCACGCACCUGGCGCAAACUUCUCGCCGACCUCCACGAGCGGGAGAGUGGCCCUCUCCCAGACCCUGUUCCAACUUUUGGUGCCGACCUUAUUACCGCGCCUUCGACACCCGUCCUCUCUGCCAGUAUUGCUGGACCCGAUCUAGAUUUCCUCGAAAAACUUGAUCAAAGUAUAAAUGUCGCCUUUGCUACUCCGAUUCCCGACUACCAGAACGACUCCGAGAGCUACUCCGAGAGCUCUUCGGACGACGAAGAUUGUGCGCCAUGGCCGUCACAAGCUCACGCUGCAUGGUUCUUGAAGAUGGCUCCGGCUCCUAGGAUUACUCGCAAAGACCAGAAGCGUAAACUUCCAGAUAAAAGAGAAGACGAGCACUCGAUGCAAGAUACACAGCCUCAUAAACGACCGAGACGGACUGCCAAGCGCAUAACAAUAUCUAUGGAGAGCAAAACAUCGUUUUCCCAAUCGAAGCAACAGACUCGAUCCGCCAAGGAACAUCAUCCUCUUUAUAGUCCUCCUCAAACGCCUUCGCCAACUGCCCAAACGAGUCCGAAAGAUCGAAUUAACUCGGCUCAAUCGAGGAAGUCUUUAGCUUCCCAGCCUCGCCCAUCAAUGCAGCAACCUACACCUGAAGCCGACAAGCCCUUGCUUCAACGGGAACUUAGGCAGAAAUCGGUGUGGCCCCCUUUGAGUCCUGCAGAUGAAAGUGGAUAA